AUUUUACACCCAGCUCCCUUCGCAGGAUGGGGACCAAGGCAAUGCUCCAAGAUUAAUACAUGUGAAAGUGAUUUAGCCAGAUAUGAAGAGGGCAAAACCUACACCUAUAAUUAUCAUGCGGAAUCGAGCACAUGGAUCAAUGGCACUUCAGAAGAGAAGAGCGCCCUCGUGUUUGAACUCGAAGCGCAGAUUGACGUAAUCAGCCCAUGUGAACUGACCCUUCAGCUGAAUCAAGUUGAGGUCCUCGAGACUGGGUCCAAUGGCAGAACCACCCCAGCCAGGAACCAGGAUCUCCUCAGAAGCGAGCUUCAAGAUCAGGUCCUUCGCUUUGCCUUCCAUGAUGGCAUCGUCACCGACGUCUGCCCCAUGGCUGGCGAGACGACCUGGGCCCUGAACUUCAAGCGUGGUUUCUUGUCUGCCAUCCAAGACCCAGUGACUGCUAGCUUGCUGUUGGAAUCUGGAGAAUCGACUGUCAUAACCGAGACUGACGUCACUGGCAAAUGCUCAGCUACGUUCUCGCCAUCAGCCACUCCAGGCCUCAUGACCAAGGUCAAGGACUUCAAGAACUGCGAAAUGCGCACCAAGCUUGAGGGCGGUAUUCAGGCUACUGUACUGAGGAAAGGUGCUCCACUGUUUAACAUCCUAGAGUGCUCGCAGAAAUGUGAAAUUACCUACGAGUCUAAUUUAGUCUCUGAAUCGUCAUGCGUUGAGCAACACACUUCAAAGCCUUUCGCCAGAGAAGGAUCGGGAGCAAUGACUGUAAUCAAAGCCUCUGUAGACAGGCUGAGAAUCACCAGGGCAUCAAAGACACCAUCAAGCUCCAUGAUCGACAGACAGACCACAAUCUUCUUCGAGCAUGAGGACAUCAAGGGAGACACUCAACCAGAGAUCAUCAUGAAAGCUAAGGAGAUCCUCGGUAUGCUUUCUCCAAAAUUGAUCAAGGAGGUCGGAAUCGAGAUGCCAAACCUCUUCUCCAACCUCGUGACUGAGAUGCGGAAGAUCGAGACUCUGGAUGGAAUGACUCAGCUGAGAGAGUUCGUUGAGGGUCAAAGCGAAGGUCUUGUUGAGGUGUUCAGGGAUGCCCUCCAGAUGUGCGAGACCACCCCAAGCAUUGAAACCAUGGUAACCAUAAUCAACGAGGUUGCGGCAUCAGAGGAUGAGGCUGUCAUCAAGGCCUUCAAGACGACACGUGCCAUGUGGCUGACACAGCCAGCCAUUAUCCGUCACCCUACCAAAAAGAUGAUUGGCUCUCUUAUGCCCAUCAUUAAGUCUUUAAGUGGGGACGAGAGCGUCUUCUUCCUUCCCAUCUCCUCGAUGAUCAACAAGUACUGCACCACAGAGAACCCCUCAUGUCUUGAAGACUCUGAAGUCCGCAUGGCCAUCGAGUACUUCCAACAACUCCUUGGAUUUGACUGCACACCCACGGAAGAAGUUCCUACUUUGAAGAUGCUGAUGGCUCUAAAGGCACUGACCAACAUCCGAAGGUUGACAACAGACAGCAAGAUCAGUAUCAUCAACAAGUGCUUUGACAAUCACAACCAGGACAAGAGAACAGAGAUCAGAGUUGCCGCUCUUGAUCUUGUCAGACGUCUGCCGUGCAAACCAGAAUAUCAAACCUAUGCAUUGGCCAUGUACAAGAACCAGCACUUUGACAGUGAGCUUCGCAUUGCAGCCUACCGUGCAGUCAUGACGUGCCCAAGUGAGAACAUCAUGGCUGCUAUCCAAGAAGUCAUGGUGGAAGAACAGUCUGAGCAAGUUGGGUCGUACGUUUGGACUCAUCUCUCCAAUCUGAAUGAGACCACCGAUCCCCAGAAGCUCUCCCUCAAGAAGUGGGUUCAGGACAGCGGAGUCUUCACCAGCUUCAGCCAGGUCGACCCCCGCAAGUUCUCCCGCAAUGUUGAGCUCUCAUGGUACAAUGGAUUACUUCAAAAUCUUCAGAUGUUGAUGAGUUUGGCUAAGGAACAGACUCAUGAGAUAAUUAAGAAUGCCGUGCUGACGGACAACUCCUGGAGUAUUCCAACAGUCAUUGGUCUUCCCCUGAAGUUGGCCAUCAACGGAACCGUCUCAAUGAAAAUCAGGACUGAAGGAAAGGUCGACAUUCGCGGAGUCCUGAUGCCCAAGAAGAGCUUUGAGAUCAGCGGUAUCAUCGAGCCAAGCGCGGCUGUUGAGAUCAGCACCAGCAUGGAAGUGAUGGCCCGUACGACUCGCUCCGGAUUGAACCACAUUGGUCGUCUCCACUCGUCUGUCUCCCUCGGUGGAAAGAUUCAAUUCACCGACGGAAAGGCAUUUGAACUGAAGCUGGACGUACCAGAGAAGAAACAGAACAUCAUCGAUGUCAGCUCCAACAUUUACCUGAGACGCCAAGAUGAAUCCUACGCCAUGCCAGGAAUCCCAGAGCGCCUUGACCUCUCAUACUGCUCAGGAUCGGGAAUAACUAAAUACUUCGGUGUCCAGGUUUGCUCUGAGCUCGCCUUGCCCAAGUCUUAUGCCAGGAAAGGAACUCCGAUGUACCCACUGACUGGACCAGGCCGAAUGUUGGUCACCAUCGAGAAGACUGACCCCUCGCUCACUUCAUGGAAAAUCGAAGGAUCUUACGACAAAGACACGGAGAGCGUGAAGAAUGUUGUUGAGAUCACAGACAGGUUCCAUCUGAUGAUGGGAGCCCCAGACACUGAUAACCCACGCACCUUCCAAUUGGACUUCACCUACAAUCGCAACGAGAAGGACAUGAGCCUCAAUGUUAUCUCACCCUUCAAGACCCUUGAUCUACACGGUAAGAUGUUCAACGACGAGUUGCUCCGCAAGCUGGAGGUUGCUCUGACUAUGGACAAAACCAACGUGUACACCCUGGACGCUGAGGUUGAAUCAAGACCAGAGGUAGUCGACGGUGACCCAGUCAUUAAUUUCUACCCUCGUAUGGAUAUUACCAGCCCCAGCGGCAACGUGGUCAAGUACCGAAGCUCCAUCGCCGUCCGUGAUGGUGAUCAGACUCGGGUGGCCCUCUGGAUGUCCUUGGACAGCCCUAAAACAGCCAUGGUGAUUAUUACAGGUGAUGUUGUGAAGACAGAAAGCAUGAAGAAGCUACGAUACAGCACGGACUUGCAGAUCAGCGGCCGCUACGUCAACCUCAACGUGUCAGCAGCAUGGCAGAAACAGAAGAGAGAUAACAUCAUUACGGUUGAUGUGAACACAUUGAGACGCGUCAACGGAAAGAACGUUAAGGAGGUCGUCAUUAGCACCAAGUACACCAACAAGACCGUAGAGGGUCACACUGAGUGGGACUUAAAGACCGAAUGGACGUUCAGUCGCUUCCCUCUCUUGAGCUUCCUGUUCGAGACGGAAUACAACGGAAGGAUUGGUCUCUCUGAGGCUACCAGCAAACUCUGCUAUCGUUACAACGGAGAAGAAUGCAGCCAGGACAAUAAGGUUGUUAUGGGACAUCUGCUGACAUGGGAGUCCUCUGAAUCCAGGAUGAACGAAGUCCUGAACUUCAAGCUUCGCAACCCAGCCAACAACAUCAACAUCGAGAUCCAGCAGCACACUGUCCGCAACGAGACCCACCCUGUUGACUUCUCCUUCGCUAUCCUGAACAACACCUCGGAGAAGCAGAUCAUCCAAGCCGUCAUCUCGACUCACACCGCCGUUGCUGGACCUAGGAAGGGUGCCUUUGAGGCCUCCAUGAGCUCUGAGACGUGGAGAUACGCAGUCAAACAGGGAUGGGAGUUCGUCAAGUCAGAGAAGAUGGUCCUUAACACCACCCUUCACUGGAAAGAUCAGAUGGCGUCGCUGGACUCCAGCUACAUUCCAACAUCUGACGAGGAGGCAAAUCUUGAAGCUCAUAACAUCUCAUCCGUCUUGACCUACCCUCUUGGAAGCUUCUCAACCAACUGGUUCGUCUGGAUGCAGGAUUCUGAUGUCUCAUCAGGUGCCUCAAUGUCCCUCAUUGAUCAGCAGCUUGUUGCGUAUCGCUUUGAUUUCACCGACCGUAGCAUUGAGUUUGCCCAAGACAAAGACAGAGACCUGGUGGCUUCAUUCAACGUUACUAGUCCAGCCAGUCCAAUCUCGGUCGCAGUAAACUUUCACGAGUCCCUUAAUUAUAAGGACUUUGGUUUCAACAUCACUAUGGGGACAGCCAAGGUCUUCGCAAUCGGUAUGGACUCUGCUGUCUCUACAGAGGAAGGUAAACCCAGAACAGACAUUAACGCCUUUUCCUUGAUCGACAUUCCAAACAAAAACUACCGUCUCAUGUACUCCGCUUCUUCAAUGAUGUCUGCCAGCAAACAGCACUCGGUGCACACAGCCACCUUAAACAACGAGCUGUUUUAUUCUCAAAGCACUGACUACGAGUACAGUAAGGAUUAUGAAACAGGUCGCUAUUUCAUCAUCUAUGAAACAAGUAAUAACAUGUCGCAGCCUCUCCCCGAAAUGGGCUACAAAAUUGUGGUCAGCGUUCGGGACGGUAACCAUGACCAUCAGGUGUCCCUAUUUAGGAAGAAGCAACCCAUCCUGUUUGCCGGAGUGAAAUACGACUUGAAGGAAAUGGUAGACGAAGACUUCAUGUACCGCCGUGAGUUCAAGGUCAUCCUCAGAACACCUCUUGCCAUUUGCAAAGAUGUCAGCUUCAACGUAACCGUUGACCAGGGCUCAGCAACUACCAACAUUGAUACCCGCUUGAUGUACUUCCCCAACCAGGAGCGCCCGUUGGGUAUGGUGAUCAACUUGCAGGACAAGAGCAACGGCGCUGUGACACACAAAGAUCUUACGGUCACCCUCAAGACCAUUCAGCGCACUGUUACUUCGUCCAACAUGCUUAAGUUUGACCUCAACGCAGGCACUCUUCAGGGAGCUUCUUCAAUCGAGUUUGGAACCAACGGUGUCCUGACCACAGAGAAAUUUGAAGUCUCCAUCACGUACACCAACGAUACUAGAGAGGAGGAGAAGUCUCACAGCGCAACUCUUUUGCUCACCUCUCCCGAUAACACCAUCCAGACUGAUGUCAUCGUGGUGUACACCAUGGACACCUCAGUAUCGACAACUUUCUCCGUUGCCGUUUCCCAGAACACCCUCUUCAGCUUCUCCGUUCUCGCCAAGGAUGAAUCCGACGGGAGCAUGAAGCUGUACGACGUGGACACCAACGUGGAGCUUCUGGAGCGACGUUACCGCCUCCACACUGUUUACAACGAGGCCGUCAACUCCUUCAACCCCAACGUGAAGCUGUACCGCGGCUCCGAGCCCAAGCCUAUCGCCGAGGUUGACUUAUCAUACACUAAGGUCAACUUGUUCGACGAGGUACACACGACAAUUCUCGUUCUUAGCUCUGAAGACUUCGAGCCAUUGACCAUCACCACUGUGUACAACUACAAUACAGACACCAAAGAAGUCAGUUUGACGAUCGAACCGUCCGAGGGUGAGAAUGUCAAGUUCAACUUCUACAUUUUGUCUGGUUCAACCGAGACGGAGUCGAUUACUUAUAAUACUGAGUUCAGCAUAACCAACACGUAUAUGCCUGACAGAAGUUUCGUGGUCGUCACCCGCUACGGCUCAGGCGAAUCUGGUUGCAACCUCAACACAGACCUGCAAAUCUCUGAAUCUCGAAUGAUGAACUUGAUGUGCAACUGGGAUAAGAACAGCCCCAAGAAAACCGCGGAUUUCCAGUUGACCUUCCCUCAGUUGACCGAGUACCCGGCCCUGUCCAAGAUGAAGCUCCGCCUCGGCAGUGAGAUCCAAGAGGCAAUCCAGUCGCGUGAAGCCGCGUUCUUGUGGGGUGAGCUGACCGAUGAUGAGAUGAUCAGCGUUGCGCUGACGACAGAGAGGAACCAGGUCAGGAUUGUCCUGAUCCAUCCAAUGAACCUGGAGCCUCUCCCCAAGGAGAUCCGAGUCGUCCUCAGGCAAAAUGACGAACUAUCAGACAUGGCUACUUUUGACAUCAAUGUCAUGGACAACAUGGAUGAAUCUAUCAUGAUGCUCGCAGGAUCAUACUCUCUCAUUAACUCCAGACAGAAUAACCGUCGUGCUACGCUUACUUUCUCCAGGCGCAACCAUCAGGACAUCCAAGCUACAUUGGACGCAGCCGUCCAACUUGAAAACACCAUCUUCAGUACCAGUCUGGUUGUAAAAUACAGCGAGGACGAACAGAAGUUGGUGGAAGCCAUGCUGCAAAUCCAGAAUACAAGUUCAUCAGAGAGUGUCGGAUAUGAUCUGGAUGUGUCUGUACGUCAUCCCAUUACCGGACUGGACAUGUCCACUGCCUUUAACUUCCUGAACAACAACAAGGCCAUUGUUCUGGGUAUGGAAGGAGAAGCCCUUCUCGCUGAAGACGUCCAACCUGACACCUUUGAGAUUAAGUGGGACAAAGUGUUGAAGAAAUACUCCAUCACUUCCAACAAUCCAAUGCAUGAGAUGCUCCUCACCGGUCAGUUUGAAGACCGCUCCUACGCCGAGCAUCAGAUCUACAGGGUGACUAUGGUCAACAGUCUGGAUGGAAAAGACAUGAGGUCUAUGGUUGACUUCAACAGCCAAUCAAAGGAGAUCUCUUACAUUGCCCAUAUCAACCCAGGUCAGUUUACGAUAACCCUCCUACUGUCUGACCAUACCAAGUGGGCCGAGUAUUGGGAGCAGUUCAGGAUUGACUCAUCGGAAACCACCGAGGAGCUGAGAAGCACGCUGGACCGUCUGAGGGAGAGAUUCUCAACAUUAGCAGAAAGCUUGAAGUUUGAUGGCAGUGAAUAUGUUGACGCCACAAACCAACGUGUAAGAUCCUUCUACAAGAAUAACAUCACACCAUUGAUCAAGGAACUGAAGGAUUUAUUCAAGAGCCUGAUUGAGAAACACAACAGCCAGAUGGAUUUGCUUUUCCCGAUCCGCCACCCCUACGGAGACGACUUCCUCAUCCCUGAGCUCGAGGCAGAACCUGAGGUGUAUGAACCCAAAUAUAAUACAGAGGGAGAGGAUCCUAUCGCAGAGAAAAACAUUUUCCUGACGUCUAUCAAGGAUGUUCGAGGUGAAACCGUCCUCUCUGAGGACUCAUUGCUCUCCACAAUGACCAGGGAAAGACUGAGGAGAUUAGAGCUGGUGCAGAGCAUUGAGACACUCUGGACUGCAACAAAAGAGGAGGUCGACGCCAUGGUUGCCAAGAUUGAGGCUAGCUUCAAGGGGUCAGCAUUCUACGCAGACUUGACCGAGCAGUGGGAGGAGCUAAAGGAACGCUUCCCGGUAGGGGAAUGGCGUCAGGAGGCGGAGGCCAAGUUUGAGGAGAUCCGAGAGUCAGAAGAUGUCCAGAGGCUGAUCGCUGUCUUCAAUGAGAUCAAGGGAGAGAUUGAGCUGGCUCGUGAAGCCAACAAUGAAAACAUUCUGCGCAUCCAAGAGAAGAUGGCCGCUACCCUGAAAGAGUACAACUUUGACAUCCUGGACUACUUCAAGUAUCCGAUGUACGAGGUCAUCAAGUACGACAUCGAGAACGGUGAGAUCAUCGUCCUCUACCACCUCCCCGCUGAGCUUCACAGCCUCCAGACCCCGCCCGAGUCCUACCGCCGGGUCGAGAUGACCCAGCGUCUGCAGGAGAUGAUCGCCGAAGUGCGUGAACGCUCCAAGAACACACUGGGUGAUAUCAGGAUGGCCGAUGGGUCUCUGCGCAGCAUGUACGAGCUGAUGUUGUCGGAGCCGAUGCUGCUGUACCGCGAGGGAAACUUCACGGCGUGGUUUCAGGGAGAGAAGAUUAAGAUGGAGAGGAGGAUGUGGAAUGCUGUCCACUUCAGCAAGGUGUACCUCAACCCCAUCAACUGGCUUCCUCCACAUGAAGCCAAUGGCAUGAUUAUUGGCUCCAACCACUUCAUGACCUACGAUCGCACCCACUAUGACUUCAGCAGUGGCUGCAGCUACCUCCUUGCCCACGAUUUCAUCGACGGAAACUUCACCGUUGUUGUGGAUUAUGAACGUGACCUGACUGCUGGCGGUAGAAGCAAGAGCAUCGUGCUGUACUUGAAUGACACCGAUGUGUAUGAGAUCAAGCAAGACUUCACUGUUUCCCAUGGCAAGCAAUUCUUGGAGAUGCCCUUCCAACAUGGACACACCACCGUCAUGCGUUACAUCAACAGCAUCCGCAUCCACAACACCAAUGGCGUCACCAUCACCUGCGAGAUCGCCCAAGACAUCUGCACCGUAGACAUCAGCGGCUGGUACUACGGCAAGACGGCAGGUCUCCUCGGCACCUACAACUACAACGACCUGGACGACAUGACCAACAGCGAGGGCGAUAUGUCUCGCCAUCUGGAUGAGUUCACCCGCAGCUGGAAGGUUGGAAAGCGUUGCGCUGGAUCCGAGAUCGAUAGUCUUCCAGAAUGCAACAAGGACCCACAUGUUGAGGAGAAUGCUGUGUGCGCUGAGCACUUCUUGAAUGAGGUGUCUACUCUGACCAAGUGUCUCGGAGUGGUGGAUCCUGCACCAUACUACGCCAUGUGUGCUAGCAACAUGUGCCAGUUAACAGCCGAUGAUCGCAAGAAGGCAGCUUGCGUCUCGGUCAAGGCCUACGUCAACGAGUGCAACAGAAUGAUGGUCGGCAUCACUGUGCCCAAGUCAUGUGUUGUAUGUGAUUCUCCAGUUGGCGAGUACGGCCAGGACGAGAUUAGAGUUCUCUCCGAGGCUGAGCAGAUCCAGAAAUCAGCCGACGUGAUCCUGAUCGUCGAAGAGAAAGAAUGCAACAAAGACUUGACGGACAAGAUCGGCGACAUCGUCGACAUGUACGACACUGAACUCAAGAACGUCCGCCAGUUCACAGACAAUCGCUUUGGCAUUGUUGGAUUCGGCGGUGAAGGAGUGCACGAUCUUCCUCACAUCCACACCAUCGAUGGCGCCAUCUUCAACGAGAAGCGCCGUCUGCGUAUGCAAGGAUUGACCGCAUUGGAGUUUUCCGAAGAUGGAAGCAACAAUACCUUUGACGCCAUCCUAGCCGCUGCGAACUAUCCGUUCCGUGCCGGAGUCGCCAAGAACAUUGUCCUGUUGUCCUGCUCUGACUGCCAGCGUGCCUAUCACAUGGAGAAGACCUAUGCUGAUGUAUCCAGUAUGUUGAUGAGACAAGGUAUCCAGUUCAACCUGUUGCUGAAGGCAGACCUCCAGCUUGUGCCAACCCGUGCAAAGAACAACUCUCCUAAGAAUCAAGUCAUUUAUGGUAUUGACAACCGCACAGUAUUCACCAACAAGGCCCUAAACAGCGGCACCCUGUUUGGUGACAAGACAAUCCGCAAGCUGAUCAACGAGCCCAUCAAUCAGUGUGCCCUCUUGGCCUUUGAGACCGGCGGUGCCGUGUUCGACUCCACCAAGAUCGCCCAGAAGAAGUUUGUGGAUGUGCUGACCCAGAGAAUGGUGGAGCACACCCAGAUUGAAGAAUGCCAGAUAUGUAGCUGCAAGGCCUACAAUGACGGAGUCGGCAGAAGCGUGUGCGAGUCAUGUGACAUCGCCUCAGGCCCUAAUUGGUAUUUCGAGAUGCAACGCACAUUUGCCGAGACAGACUACUACAGUAGACUAGGCUUACAGACAGUGGUCGACUACAUUAACGUCAAAACCGCUGAAGUGCCAGUUAACAAAACCCCCAAGGAGCUAGGAAUUUAAUUGUUCCCCAAACAGAUAAGGGUCGGAGCUAUCUAGAAGACUUUGAUUUACACCACAGGAUUUCUUUGUAACCGCAAUCAAUUUGUUUUUAAGAUAGUCAAAGAUUCUUAUGAUUUUUUGCUGGUUUUUACUAGAAAGUUGGAACUUGUAUAAAUUUCUUCGUUGGAAUGAUUGUUUGUGACCGGUUUGAGAUGAUUUGAAGGGAUGCAGUAUUAACUUUUAUUUUUAAUUUUUAAUUAAGACAAAUUUGAUAAGGGAUUCCGUAAGAUGCUUUGUAUUUUAGAAUAUCUGGUAUGUUAUCUUGAACUUAAGCUGCACAGCUCACCCUGAGGAAAAACCAAGUUAAGACGAGUAUUCCUGAACCAUGUCGGAUGCUGUGCUUUUAAGAAGCGAUAUGCCGUCAUCUUUAAGUUGUUCAACGGACUGGUGUGUGGUCGCUAACUUGAGCAGUUCUUCUAAUCUCUUUGAAAUUUCACAUAUUCCGAGUUGAACUGCUUGACAAAUAUUCAGGCACCUCAAAUGCUUAUACAAGUUUUGAACUAAAAUGUUUUUAACUGUUACUGUGGGGAGGGGAAGGGUAAGAUCAGGAUUGCUAAUUUAGUUGUCAUUUUCACUUUCGUAAAUGUUGUGUCAAACAUUUAAUAGCUGAUUUUGCACCUAAUUAACGAUGGAAGUAGAAUGCUGCAAUUACAAUGCAAGUAAUUUAAUAAGUAAAAAAAUGCUUGAUCCAUGGACAAACUGUGAAGGUAGGUGAAGAUUUCUGUCUAACAUGAUGUUUAGGUACAUGUAGUUGUCGGAAUAACUGCCUGGUUAGUUUAUGGUAAAAAUCAGUCAUCUUUUAAACCAGUCAUCUAUAAGGGAUAAUUGAACUGGAUUGUUGACUAAAGAGCUAACCACACGACAGCAAUUUACCUGGGGUCCCUUGCUAAAUUUUAGCAUGGUUGUAAAAUGUACCAAUGUUUGACGAUAUUUUGCAAGAGAACUUGGAUAGUAGAAACAAUUGUCUCCUUUCAGACGAGGUACAUUUUGAAAACUCAUGUGUGAAAGGGGCUCUACGUAGCUUUUUGCAUGGACCUGUCAUUUUUUUCUUCAUCUUUUGACGAUUUGGAGUGAGGAAGUAAAGAAACACAGUAGUAAUGAUUUAUGUCUGUAAUUUUGUAAAAAUAAUGGUGUGAUUCGGUUUUAUUUUGUAUUAAAAAUUUUACACUUUUUAAAAACAAACCAAUGUCAAUAUCUCUCAUUGUUCAUAAGGCUCGUAGGUAAUAUGUGUUUGUUUUUAAUGAUCUUUUCAGCUGUUAAUACCAAUUGGUAUACAUUUUGGUUCUCUUUUGGUAUUCACUGGUUGAAAUAUUUGCCAGUGUUAAUUCAACAAACAAUUUUUUAUAAAAUAAUAAAGUUAUUGACAAGCAACAA